AUGAAUAUUCAAAACCUCGCCAGUUACGAUCCCUUCGCCGAUCUCGGCGACGAGUCAAAGCAAGACGCUACCUCCCAGGCGACAAAGAAGCAACAGACCCAGAAUUACGUUCACAUCCGUAUCCAGCAGCGAAACGGACGUAAGACCCUCACCACUCUCCAGGGACUUCCUAAAGAGUAUGACCAGAAGAAGCUGCUGAAGGCCUUCAAGAAGGAAUUCGCAUGCAACGGUACCAUUGUUGACGACGAGGAGCUCGGACAGGUUAUCCAGCUCCAGGGUGACCAGCGUCAGAAGGUGGCUGCUUUUAUCGUCCAGGAGGGUAUCACCUCCAAGACCGAGGUCAAGGUGCACGGUUUCUAA